AUGGAAAUUUUCCUCCACAGAUGCCGAAAAAUUACUCCUUAUUCAUUCAAAACCCAAACAAGAAACCCAAAGCCCUCAAUCCAAUUACCUUUUCUCCGAAAAUAUUGUAAUUCUAACCAUAGAAUAUGGUCAGAUAUCAUAACGCUGUUUUCCGACAAGUGGAGCAGUGAUUCUGUUUAUUCCAAAUUGAAGCAAGAUUUGAAGGACAAGGUUUCAAAAUUGAAAGACGAGAUUUUGAUGCAAAAUGAUGAUGUAGAGAAGAUAGGGAAAGUGUUAGAAGAAAAUGGGGUCGAGUUGUUUAGGAGUUAUUCUGAUGGAUCUGCUGUAGUGGAGCUCUACUCUCAGCUAAAGCCUUCGCCCCAUCUAGCUUUGGAGAUUUUAAAUUGGCGAAGGAAACAAUUGGACUAUGCCUCUCCUAUGACCGCAGAGGAGUAUGCGAAGGGAAUUACUAUGGCUGGUAGAUCAAAGAAUGUUGAUCUUGCAAUUGAGUUAUUUAAUGAGGCUGCCAAUAAACAGCUAAAAACAGCAUCUAUAUAUAAUGCACUCAUGAGUGCUUACACAUAUAACGGUUUGGCCAUGAAAUGUCAGUCACUGUUUCAGCAGUUGAAGAAGGAAGCCACAUGUACACCGACAAUUGUAACAUACAACAUUCUUAUUUCCUCUUUUGGCCGUUUGAUGCUUGUAGAUCACAUGGAGGCGACUCUUCGAGAGAUAAAGGAUUUAAAUCUCUCCCCAACUGUCAAUACGUACAAUGGUUUAAUUGCUGGGUAUAUUACAGCAUGGAUGUGGGAUGAAAUGGAGAACACUUACAGGAUCAUGAAGGCAAGUGAUGUCAAGCCUGAUUUGGAUACUGAUUUGCUGAUGCUUCGAGGAUAUGCACAUUGUGGUAAGCUGGAAAAGAUGGAACAGGUUUAUGAGAUGCUAAGAGAUCACGUCAAUCAAAAGGAAGUUCCGUUGAUUAGAGCCAUGAUAUGUGCAUAUUGUAAGAGUAAUGAUAUCAAUAAAGUUAAAAAGAUUGAGGAAUUGCUCAAACUAAUCCCAGAAAAUGAUUAUAGACCUUGGUUAAACGUGCUCUUGAUUUGUGUAUAUGCAAAAGAGGAUUUAUUAGAUCGAAUGGAAGUUUCAAUCAACCAUGCUUUUGAACAUAAUGCAUCCGUCACAACUGCUGGCGUGAUGCGACGCAUUAUUUCAAGUUAUUACCGUCACAAUGCUGUGGACAAGCUUGCUGAUUUUGUGAAGCGUGCAGAGUCUGCAGGUUGGAAAAUCUGUCGUUCUCUUUAUCAUUGCAAGAUGGUUAUGUAUUCAGCACAGAUGCGUCUUGCUGAAAUGGAGAGGGUUCUUGACGAGAUGGAUAGAGUGAAUAUGCACUGCACGAAGAAAACAUUCUGGAUAUUGCACGAGUCCUAUUCUAGGUGGGGUCAAAGAAGUAAACUUGAGCAGAGAGACGAACUACACGUUUCAUCAAAUUUAAAGAGAGCUCCCAUUCACUUGCUGCACGUUGACUAG